AUGUCCUCCGAAGAUUCCACCGAUGAAUUCAUCCGAAAGUUCCAAGACUCCAGGAGGGGGCAGCCAUCCCACCUUCCUGCCUUCGACCCACUACCCAACGACGCCGACAUGAACAGGAGACGUGACGUAUUCUCCAGGAGCUCCGGAGACUCCAGCCACGUCUUCGAUUAUGGUCGUUCGCUUCAGAGUGAUCGGACGGCAACAUUGCCAUUGACGGCCCAGGACACCGAUCUUGUUGGGAUAGGCGGAGCUGGCAACACCCUCCACCAGCGAUCCAAACUGGGCGAUCUUCUCUCCCGCGCCAUGCUUGAGGGGCAAUCAAAGAGAUGGCUACCUGAGAGCGAGCUUUUGCGACUCUGCCAACCCGAUAACAUCUUGGGUGAGUUGACGGCAACCUUUGACCACAAGGAAGCGAUGAGGUUCUUUCACUAUAUAUGCGGGCAUCCUCUUGAUGAUGCCCAGGCGGAGCGUCCAGCUGUCAAGAUAUUUGUAGUACUCCUCUUGAUCAACGAACUCAAAGAACUGAAGCGCUUCGUCGAUCAUGGCUACUGCGACAACGACCUCCCUUUCACCUGGCACACUUGGGGUGCGAACAGGAGGAUACUCUGUCCCCGGAACCAACCGUUUUCCAGAGCCCAACACAUUGAACACGAAGCUUGCUUCAAGGAGGGCGAGGACAGAUUCAUGGAUAACUUUUAUCGUGAACAGUGGCAGGUCCACAUCCCCUUUAUCUCCAGGACCAAGAACAACCAAGUGGUCGAGUAUGAGCUUCAUCACCACACCAUAAUGCCGUGGACGUUCGUCGAAGGGGUCGGGCAGCAAAGCGGAUACUCUAACGUAUCCAUGAUCAAGAUUCACCCUGCCCACCAUUCCUUUGGCGGAGAUGGCACAUUUGCUCUCAAGAUUCUUCACUCUACUGACCCGGAGGAUCUCAAACGGGAGCUCUAUGCCAUAAGAAAGAUUACGACUGGGUCUCAUGUGAUUGAGCUGCUUGCUACCUUCAAGCGCGGAUCUGAGCUCUCGUUCCUCUUCCCGUGGGCUGCAGGGGGUAACUUGGCCGACCUCAUGAAGGAAGCCCCCUCCAACUUGCUCCCUCUCUCUACACCCAAUCCCUCUGAUGUCCUCGCUCGGUGGCUCUUUGAGGAGUGUUUCGGCAUCGCCAGAGGCCUCCGUGGAAUACACGAGGUCGAGCCCAAGGUUCGAGAUGGUGAUGACUUCGACAAGGAGGAGUGGGCAAAGAAAUACGGGAUUCACGGCGACCUCAAACCUGAGAACAUCUUGCGCUUUCUAGAUGAUGGCCUCGGCAACCUAAAGCUGUCCGACUUUGGCUUGACCAAGUUCCACAGCAAGGCCUCGAGGUCUAACCAGCCUGGGGAUGGGCCCAUGUCUCCAACAUAUGCUUCACCUGAGCAGAGGCAUGACUGCUUUUUAGUUUCUAGAAGGUCAGAUGUUUGGGCUCUCGGGUGUGUCUUCUCUAUGCUCUUGACCUGGGCCAUUCGAGGCCCGAAGGCGCUCGAGGCGUAUGGCAAAGCUCGCCAUGAUGAGAAAGACCCAGGUCGAAGGGGAAACUGGUAUCUGGACACUUUUUACGGGACACAGCACACAGAAGAUGGGCACCCAUUGAUUCCUGAGGGUUUCUUCCUAAAGAAGGCCGUGACCGAUUGCAUUGAAAAGAACAAGGAAGCGAUCUUGGGGCCUGAUCGUGAAUGCAACUACUUGACCCAAUUUCUAGACUUUAUCCGCAAUAGGAUGCUGGAGACCCGCAGCGACAAACGUGCCACGUCUGAGGAUGUCUCCCCCAUCACGGGGGUGCCAGUCAUCAUUUACAGCACGAGGCGUCACACCCUAAGCAUGCCAUUCGGAGAAAGCAGAAGCAAUUGGGGGAGUAUACAGUUGGACAUGGACGAAUGCAACUUCAAUACAUAUAUAAAAGGUAAAUGCUUGAUUAUGCUUAUCCUGCUCUUUGGGAGUUUCUACCCUGACUCGAUACUUUUGCAAAGAGGAACCCAAAACGAAUUGCCGACAGAGACGCGUGACAGUGUCUACAUCAAAGCUUUGGAUUGGUAUCGGGUCGUUACCGGUCAAGAGCACGAUGUAGACCCCGCCAAAGAUGAUGUAUGCGAGGAUCAUAACCUCGACGACGUAGGGACCCUUAGGCGCAUCCUCGGUGGACGUGGCAGUGUUCGUGGUCAUGAAAAGGAGGGCGACGAAGAAGGCAAAAAUGAAGAUGACAUAGGACUUGGCCAAACUGGCUCGACCUCGCAGCUUGAAGGUUCUCACGAUGAGGACGGAGGUCCAUUGGAGGUAUAUGCCGAGUCGGAUGCCGAAUCCGUAGAUAUCUGGCUCGCCUUGGAAGGCGCAUGGGCCUGCAGAAUCUCGUCGAAAGGGGGUUGA